AUGCAAUUGCCUAAUUCAUCAACAUCAUCAUCACCACCACCACCACCACCACCACCAACAUCUACAUUUAAUUCGAAAAAACGAUUUUCUUUAGGUUCAUUCCGUAGAACUAAACGACCAACUCAACCGAAUCAACAAUCUAAUGCCAUUACUACCUCUACUGCUAAUAAUUCAAUUAAUAAAUCAUUCAACAUCCCUUCAAAUGAUACUGAUUCAUCAACAAUUAAACAUGGUAGGAAUAACAGCGGUCAUCGAUUAUCAAAACUAUUCAUUCGAGACAAUAAUAAUAAUAAUAACAACAACAACACCAAUGAUGAGGGAUUUUUAGAUGAUUCAAGUACAAUAAUUACUCCUACGAUUAAAUAUUUUAAUAAUAUUUCUCCAUCUUCAAAUUCAAGUUUCCUCAACAACAACAACAACAACAACAACAACAAUACUAUAAAUAGUAGUGAUAAUAGAAAAUUCAAAACUUUAUCAUUUACUAAUAAAUCACCAUUAUCGAAAACUUUUAAACGAGCCUAUACUAAGAUUUUCAAGAAAUCACAAGUAAUCAAUAAUAAUGAAGAACCAAAUUUGGUUAUUAAGAAAACAAUGUUACAUGAUAUAUUACCAUCUGAUUCGGAAGAUGAAGUAGACGAGGAGGAGGAGGAAGAGGAGAAGGUGAAGGAGGAGGUGGUGGUGGUGGUGGAAGAAGAAGAAAAUAAUCAUAAAGAUAAUACUAACAAACAAAAAGAAGAGAUUACUAAUCAUAUUAAUCAAAUUUGUAUUCAUAAAUCAUUAAUAUUUCAUAAUUUCUUACCUACUAAUAAAUCAAAUCAUACUGCUAAUUUAACUAUAGAAAAUCAAUAUUCUGAACCUAUAACUAGUUCACCAAUUAUUAUUUUAGAUUAUAUAAAUGAUUUAAAUUUAAAAUAUCAAUAA